CUUCCACCGGCUUGUCCUCUAACCAACAGCCAAAGCCUCGCUGAGAUUACCAGGCGCAUGCGCGUUUUUGCUCCGUCCUAGGCAGUUGGAAUAGGUGCUGUGCCGCUUGUCCGCAGCCAUGGCCGGGGCGCUGAAGAAGACCACUGGGCUCAUGGGAAUAGCUGUAUCUGAGACUCCUCACGAGCACCUGAGGAUACUGUAUACAAAAAUUCUCACUGCUCUGCAGGACAUCCCCAAAGAUGCAGCAUAUAGGAAAUACACUGAACAGAUUGUAAAUGAGCGGUUUAACAUGGUAAAAACAGAACCUAAUGUGCAAAAACUAGAAGACAAAAUGAAAAGUGGUCAGAUAGAAGAAGUGAUAAUGCAGGCUGAAAGUGAGCUCUCUCUGGCAAGAAAAAUGGCACAGUGGAAACCAUGGGAGCCUUUAGUUGAAGAACCUCCUACUGACCAAUGGCGAUGGCCAAUAUAAUAGUCAGCGUUAUGUCUGUAACUACUUGAGAAUCGAAAAAAACACAAUUAAAUAUUAGUAUCAUGUUACUGAAAAUUGUUUGUCUUUAAAUUAAAGAAAAUAGCUUUUGUAUAUGAUUUGUUUUGCCUCAAUAUCUAUUUACAUUUAGCAGGAUGUAAAGGUCCAGUCUGACUUUCUUGCAAAAAUGCUUUACUAAAACUUAGUUAAGCUAUUGAGCAAUCUGAUUAUUUUCUUUCCUGGCUUGCUGAUUUAACAAUAUAUUUUAGUAGAAACAGAAACUUUCUUCUGUGUAAUUAUCCUUCUUUUCUUGUCUGAUCCACUUCUUGACAUUUUAUCAGCAUGGAAGCAAUUUUCAUGUCUGACUCUGGAUUGUGGCUACACUGAACUGGCUAAGGCAAGAAGAGGAAAGGGUGAACUGCCUUUUACACACACGCUUGAUGAUCAGCCAUGGUGAGAUAAAUACAGAUAAGACUGUGUGUCAGUUUGAUACUUUUGAUUAAAUUGGUACAUUUGUAAAGUUUUGGAAGUCACUCUGGGGGAAAAAGCAAAUAAUAAAAAACAAGUCUGCAACCAAAAUUAUAUAACUACGUUUAGUAAUUUUUGCCUCCAUUAAAGUUCCACUACCCUUCCACGUGUGAAUUUUGUUUGAUAGUGUGCUGGUAAUUUUUAAGGAUUUGAGAAUCACUGAAGAUAAUCCUAAGAGUAUACAAAUGCAUCUAUAACUCAGCUAAUGCUGUGUUGGUUGUGAACUGGCAUAUAGCCUUCAGAUAAAAGAACUUGACAUUCAUAAUUGAUAGUUUGGGCCAGACUGUUUUCCUAUUUACUUAAAUGGAAAUAGAUUAAGACCAUUUGUGAAGAAAAUAUGUCAAUGUGCUUAAUAAACCUGUAGAGUUCAACACUGAAAAGCAUAACAGUUAGAAAUCACAGGGAUCAAAGCUGAGGCUAUUUUUAUUCAUUCUUUCAGUACCAUGAUCCAAGUAAUGCUUUCAAGUUUGCACGUGGCAUAUAGCCUCUGAGGAACAGUACGUGAGCUAACAAUGCAUACACAUACAUACAGAAGAACUCACAGUGAGCAUUAAAGAUUUAGAUUAACAGACUGCCAGUACAAUCAUAUAUAAAACAGCUAGUAUCGGAGAGGCUAUUUCCUUAACUAAAAACUGUUGCAUUUAGGGACUUGGAUAAUGUUGCAGGAGAACUCUAAUUGGCAGUUCAUCGUGCAGAUACCAUGAAGUUAGGAAGCAGGAUGCACUGUGCAAUUAAAUACAUUAAAGGAUUGUUCUUACUGCUAUAUGAAUAUUGGUGAAUACUUGAAAUCUGUGCCCAAUUCCGAUCCACAGGCUUUCUAAAAUGUGAAUGUUGAAGGGAUAGGACUGGCAUACAGGAAAACUGGGGGACCAAUUAAAACUUUUCAAAUUUUGGAUAACGUAAGCAAAGACUACAACUAAAAUCACAAAAUGUUGGGUAGUUACGUGGAACUUAUUUCACGUUAAUUGUAUAUACCAAGGCAGUUGACCUCUUGCGGGGGAUAAUUAACAAGCCCAAAGAAAGUCAGUGAUAGAGGCAUUUUCAGCUUAGGAUAUGGCAAAGCUAGAACUCUGUACACCGUAUGCAUGUUUCAUUUUGCUAAGCCCACUUGAUUGAACUGUUCUUCCCAAAUGCACCACUCCCCACCCUUGUUUUGGAAAGGCUAUUUGUUUUAUUCCCAUUUAAAAAGAAUACAUAAACUGAGAAGUUUUAGCACUGCUAUGUUUAGAAGAGUAUUAUUACAAACGGUUGGAAUCCCUGCUAUGAAAAUUGAUUAUGUAUAAAUGCUAUUAGACUUGAAAGCUAAAGUAAGGGAUUGUCUACAUGGCUAGUUAGUACACAUAUGCACUAAUAUUUUCAGUACAAGUAUUUUCAGGUAAGGAGUAGCCAACUGCAUAUGUGAAAUAGUACAUGAAAUAUUUUAAGCAAAUUAUUAGAUUAUACUGGUAUAUUGACAUUGAUUGGGACCCUGCUUUGAGUUGAUACUCAGACAAAAAUAAGCACUCCAGAAUGUUGAGAUUCCAGGCUGUGGCUGAAAGAGAACCGUUUAUUUUGUGUUGCCCAAUGCUUUUUAUAUGCAUUUUCAACAUGAGAUGUAAAACACCUUUUCCAUACAAAAUUUCAACAACUUUUAAAUGAAAAGCAUACAAUGUAAGAGUCUAAGUCUGUAUCUUUGAGACUAAAGAAUAACUAUUCACACUUCGGGCAGGAUUUGACUUGAUUGGAAUCAAACCUGUGUACAUAUACCAUAAGUGUUUUGACCUAUAAACCUGCGGGGAAACAAAGGAAAAUAGGGCUUCAGCUACUGAGUGGUAUUUUCAGUGACAAAACUGUUCAACCGUUCCGUACUGUAACUGGAUUUGAUAUUCAAGAGUUAAUUGUAAAUAUAUAUUUUGGAUAUUCAUGAUGUAUUAAUGGUUGGCUAUGGACUCAACUUUUAGGAGUUUAAUGUCAUACAUUGUUCAUAGUGGUGGACUUUUCCUUAUGAAUUUUCACGUUUAAGUACUUUGAUUUAACCUAUGCUUUUUUUUGUUACAAGGAGCUAAUGAUAUCCAAAUACCUAAUAUACAGGCAAGAGCAAGCUUAAAGUUAUAUACAUUUAGGAUACUGGAGAAAUGGUAAGGAGAAGAUGGUUGCGGAGAGUAUACAGGCAAAGAAACUAACUAGACUUGUAGUAGUAUCAUCCCACUUUGUUUUGCUUGUAUAUUUUUAAAUAUUUGACAUAUCUUUUUAGAGUGCAUAUUCUUUGGGAUGGGGGGUGUAUUCUUACUUUUACAGCACCAAGCAUGUAUUUGGGAAAGUAUUGUAAUACACAACAAAAUAUAUAUUUUAUUAAUUUACUAAAUUUGUAGAAUUUCUAAAUAUUUCUAAAAUUAUAUUUAUACUGAAUUGAAUAGACAGAGCUGUUACAGUAGCUGACCAGUUGAUGUUUUCAGGACAAAAUUGCUAGUUUAUAUUUUGUAAAUAUCUGAAUGUUUACAUUUUGAAUAGUGAAGUUCUAAAAUAUUCAUUUUAAAAGAUUAUCGCCAAGUUAAAGUAUCUUUUGGUUAUGUUAAUAAGAGGUUUUUAAUAGACCCCCCCCCUCCAAUUUUUAAUGAGUUCCAUAGCUUAGCUGGAAUUGUUUAUUUGCAGUAUUUUUUUUUUUUUUUUUUUAUUAAAUGGUAAGGGCUAGUAUCUUCCAAGACAAAGCCACUAGAUGGCAUUCCACAUGAGGACUGCAGUUAGGUAAAAGCAAUUUUGUCAGAUGACACAUGCCAAAUGAUUAUAAGUUGAAUGAGAGUGAGCAAUGUCAGAUGAUGAAAGAGGAAUUAAAAUAAAUGGUUUUAGAUAAUGGGUACUGAGCUGAUGUGAGAUGAAGAUAUGCAAAUUAGUAUGAAUUUUCAUAUUGCAUUUAGUAGUUUUCCCAUACACAUAAGAAAACAACACUUUGCUCUUAUCAUGUCUCCAAAGUGCAGUAGCAACUGAAACACAAGGAAAAAAUCUUGCACCAACUCUGCUGAAAACAAGGAAAGGGAUGUAGUAGUUAAGUAAAAGUAUGUGUUGUAGUCUUCAAAACUAUCUUUUAGUCCUUUCUCCCUUCUUCACGUACACAAGGUGUGUCUGCAGUGUUUUUGACUUUAGUUAACUGGCAAAUUACCUCACGGUUGCUAACACAUAUUGUAAAGUUAGCUGUGUUAGUCCUAGGACAUGACACAAGGCGGUGAGGUAAUAUCAGCUAUUGGACCAAUUUCUGUUGGUGGAAGAGACAAGCUUUUGAACUUCAUAGAGCUUCUGAAGGAGCUUAAAAGCAUGUCUUCCACCAACAGAAGCUGGUCCAAUAAAAAAUUACCUCACCCACAUUUGUAAAGGUUAGUCUGUUCACUCCCUAAUUGUUCCAGGCUACAAUUUCUAGUUUUUGAUAAAAAUUGUAUACUUCUAAAAUUUUGGAAAUCACUCUGGAACUAACAAUUGGGGGAGUGUCUAGACUAGCCUGUACAAAUAUGUUAACUACCUCGAGUUAGCUGGGAAUAAAUUAAUUAGUGGGGUUUUUUUUAACACUUUAGUGAAGACAAUCCUACAAUUCGCUAAUACAGGUUUUCCUGCUUUCUAAACUGUUACUAAAAGUUGAGAAACAGUUAUGGCUUGUUCCUAUAUUAAACCCUGAUAAUGAAAAUAAUUGCAAGUGGGUUUAAUUAUCUCGGGCUGUAGCUACACUAUGGAGAUUGUGCUAGCUGUACUGUUGACAUUAAUUCCUUCCAUCAGCGCAUGUUUUCUGUUGGUGUAGGAAUGCCACCUCCCUGAAUGAAGUUAGAUAUGUCCACAGAAGCAUUUUUCCAUUGACAAUGCUCAAUGUAGAUGCAGCUAGGUUGGCAUAGUUAUGUUGGCUGGGUGUGGGUUCCCCCCAUCCCCCACCUUUACUGAUGUGGUUAUGGUGGUAGACCAAGCCUCAGAAAACAGCAAGUAAAUCAUAUGUGCUCUGCAUGAUAAGAUUGAAAAUUUAACUGAUUUUAUGUUGUGGAUUCAACAUUAAAUACCAGUUGCUAGUAGUAAAGUGGGAACAAGUAAUGAAUUAGAGCUCUAAGACGAAUUGGUGUGUGCUAUUUUUUUAAAAUAGUGUCCAUUUUCAUUUCACUCUUUAUGCUAGCCAGCAAAAAAUGCAUCCUUGCAGAACAGGGAAGUGUAGCAAUUUUUUUUACUUUACACACUAACUCAGUAAGAUAAAUGUAUAUAUUUGGUAUUUAAAUCCAAAUCACGGCAGUAACCAGCAAAGUACACAUACAUUUUACGGAGAAGAGUUAAUUUGUCAGAUGUAAUAUUGUACAUCUAUAAAUUAAAAGUAAUUCAUUCUAAGACAAAUGUGCUAGCAGAGCAUAUUUUAAAGAGUGCCAAAAUAAUUAAUCUGUUACCACUUGAUUUCCAGCAUGAUUAAUGGGACAAUAUAUGAUAAAAGAAAACAUGUUAUAAUUAUCUGAUGUACAGUAUGGCAACUCAGAGCAAAUUUUAAAGUUAAGAAACCUCACCUUUUUAAAACACUUUGAAUUUACAUAUUGACUUUCAUUAGAAAAUCUCAGUUUUGUGUAGGAUGGGACUUAAUGCAAGAGUUCAGAGCUUAUUAGACCACACACUGUACAUAUUGCCAUGUAAUGGCAAGUGUGAGUGAGGUCUCCAUUGCUAAUACCUCAUCUGUUGGGAGUAGCUAUGCUCUGCAUGGGACCUAGUUGUUGUUGGUGACUGCAGGAACUCUCCAAGGUUUGUGCAUUUAAAAAAAAAAAAAAAAA